AUGCUGGGAUCUGGUCGACAUUUUGCCUACAUACAAUACGUCCUCGAUAUACAAACCGUGGAGGAGACAGAGAUUCUUGACUUCGCCGCGCACCUCAUCUACACGACCUCGUUGCUGCUCUGCCGACUCUCUGGCUUGGCAUUCUACCACCGGCUGUCCUCGAGAAAUCCGCGAUUUGUGUUGGCUAUCAGGAUUGUCUUUGCGGUCAUGAUCAUCGGCUACAUCCCUCAGCUGUUCCUGAUCAUCUUCCACUGCAUACCCGUCACAGGUCUCUGGCCUUAUGAUUUCCAACCAGGCCACGAAAAGUACGACUGCUUGCAGUGGGGUGUCGUGUACAGUGUGAACUCGAUCGUCUCCGUCAUCUGCGACCUGUUCCUCUUUGGUGUCCCUGUCUUCAUGAUAAGGAUGCUCAACAUCUCGCGCAAGAAGAAAAUCCAGCUUGGUGCGAUUCUCCUACCAGGAAUCCUUGUUAUUGGGAUUUCCGUCACCCGGCUGGUGUUUGUGAUUGUGGGACAAUGGAAUGAGGACAUGUCCUGGGCUUACAAUCCAAUGCUCGCCAUCGAGGUCACUGAGAUAGGCGCCACUCUCGUCGCCCUCUCCGUCCCUGGAGUCAAGCCUUUCAUCGACAAGUUCGUCCUUCGCCGGAACAUCAAUGAUGAUGAAGACACCAAGGGCCAGUCGAAAUACGCCAAUCAGUCUCAUAGUCGGCAGAGCGACACACCCCUGCAUUCCCUCAAUCUACGCUCAGCGUACAUGUACGAUGGAAGACAAGACGACAGGAAGGCAAACGAACACGAAGCAUCGGCCCAGGGCUUUGGGAAUUUCCGAACUCGCAACAAGUAUGGCGACAAUCAAAGUGACAAUAGCGCCGACGGCAUCUUGGUGCACGUGGACUUUCAGGGCCUCGCUUUUCAAGCGCUGUGCGCUACGCACAAGCCCAAUCCUCCCUUCGCCUUCAAUCCGAACCUGCUGCCGCUUCAAGAAAAUGCUGGCACGGAGGACUUGUUCCCCAUGUCGGACUGUGCAGGCUUCAAGCUUGAGGAGGCUACGCUUGGCGACAUGCGACAGGCCCUGGAGGAUGGCCAGCUCACAUCAGUCGAGUUGGUUGCCUGCUACCUCACAAGGACAUAUCAAACGCAGGAGUAUAUCAACUCUGUCCUCCAGGUGAACCCUGAUGUGUUCGCCAUUGCGGCGCAGCGUGAUGCGGAGCGCAAAAGAGGCAACGUUUGCGGUCCCUUGCAUGGCAUUCCCUUCACCGUCAAGGACAACAUUGGCACCAAGGACAGCAUGGAAACAACCGCUGGCAGCUGGGCGAUGCUUGCCAACCUUGUUCCCCGCGAUGCGCAUGUGGUGAAGAAGCUGCGCGAUAGCGGUGCUAUCCUGUUCGGCAAGGCGACCCUGAGUGAGUGGGCGGACAUGCGCAGCAACGACUACUCCGAGGGCUACUCAGCUCGAGGUGGCCAGGUCCGCAGCUCGUACAAUUUCACCGUGAACCCAGGCGGCAGCUCAUCCGGCUCGGCUGUGGGCGUCGCGGCCAAUGCGAUUGCCUUCUCGCUUGGCACCGAGACCGACGGCAGUGUCAUCAACCCGGCCAACAGGAAUGCUCUCGCCGGCAUAAAACCCACGGUUGGUCUGACAUCAAGAGCUGGGGUUAUCCCCGAGAGCGAGCACCAAGACUCAGUCGGCGUCUUUGCUCGCACCGUCACGGACGCUACUCUUGUACUCGACGCCAUCUACGGAGUCGACAAGCGCGACAACUACACUCUGGCACAAAGAGGCAACACGCCCCCCCGCGGCUAUGCACCCUAUCUGACCAACAAGACAGCCCUGAAAGAUGCUGUCUUUGGCUUGCCUUGGGAGAGCUUCUGGGUCUAUGCCGACGACGACAUGAAGGGUCAACUUCUCGACCUCUUGGAUCUCAUCGAGUCUGCUGGUGCCACCAUUAUCAACGGCACGGAAAUCACAAACUAUGAGACCCUGGUCUCGCCCGAUGGCUGGAACUGGGACUAUGGCACCACGCGCGGCUAUCCCAACGAAUCCGAGUACACCUACAUCAAGGUCGACUUCUACCGGAACAUUGAAACGUACCUGUCAGAGGUGAACAAUACGGACGUCAAGAAUCUAGCGGACAUUGUUCAGUAUAAUUACGACAAUGAUGGUUCGGAGGGCGGCUUUCCAUACGCAGACGGCAAGGGCAUUCCCGCCUUCGCGUCAGGUCAGGACGGCUUCCUCGCGUCCCUCGCAACAAAUGGCGUGCGAAACGAGACAUACUGGCAAGCUUUGAACUUUUGCCAGUCUUCAACUCGCCAGGGUAUCAACGACGCCCUCUCCUACAACGGAACGAAGCUCUCUGGACUCCUCGUGCCAGCACAAGUUGGACAGGCACCACAGAUCGCCGCGCAGGCAGGUUACCCCGUUAUCACGAUCCCCGGCGGUUACGCGGUUGAUUCAGGCAUGCCUUUUGGCCUCGGUAUUAUGCAAACAGCGUGGGCGGAGGGCGCGCUGGUGAAAUGGGCCAGUGCCAUCGAGGACUUGCAACGCUCGACUGCUGCACCUUCAAAGCGUAGGCUGCCCAGGUGGCUCGGGUACCUCGAGCGCAACAUUCCCGUGCCCUUUUGA